AUGUUUUAUGCCGACACCGUGAAACAAUUACAAUCUGUUACUUAAAACGUUGACAUAAAUAGCAGGCUGAGUAAUGACCUUUUUAUCAAGGUUUCCAUGUAGCAUAUGCUUCCUGAAUACUUCUAGAAUUUAUUGCUUGACGUUUAAUUACUGCGGUAUAUAAAUAGCAAUCUCGAGGUAUCAUGCCCAAAACAUUCAGACACAGCAUCUAAACCGACUGAGUAAAAGACUCGAGUUCGAAUCCGGGUUCAAGGCAGUAGAACAUCUGGGCAGCAUAGUGCUGACCACACAAUCUUUUCAUAUGUUGAGCAGAUGAACUCUACCUCAUGUGUCCAAUGUUUCUAUGGCCCGAAAUGAAAAAGUUGAUGUAGGCGUAUUUAGCCGGGGAAGUGAGAGUGUUCAGACUUAACAACAAGGAAUAACAAGAUGAUGAUGACAACAGCGUUUUUGAGUUUUCUUUGUAUGGUCACUUUCAUACAACCAGGAAUAGCCACUAACUCGAGCAGUCAACAGGACAUCGACUACACGAUCACUAUAAAAACCGGAGAUCGGAGAAAUUCUGGCACUGAUGCUACGGUAUUCAUCACGUUGUUCGGCUCCAGAGGCUCGUCCAACAAACUGAAUCUACCAAAUCAGGUCCAUAACACGUUCGAGAGAGGCGACACGGACACGUUUACGGUGCAUGUCAAAAACGUUGGACGGAUACAAUCAAUAGAGAUCGGACACAACAACGCCGGUUAUAAGCCCGGCUGGUUUCUCGAUUAUGUUGAGAUCACUCAGAAAGUUGCAGCCGUUAGUGACACCGAUAUAAGGAAUGGCACUACUGACUACCGGUUUGAGCUGUACAACUGGAUCUGCUGUCAUUCCCUUAUUAGGACCAUACAUGUUAAAUGGGUUGAUGUCCACCUGGACUAAACUUGCAAUAAACUUGUGUAGAAAAUGUUUGACGUUUAAAUAAAUAAAAUUACAUUUUUAUGGAUUCAAUCAAAUGAGCUGUUAUAAAAUGCAGUUUAAUAGUAUAAUAAAAUAAAAGUGUACUUCUUUUUCAUUUUUAAUUGAAAUGGUGUGUAGGAUUUCCUCCAUUAUUAAGUAUUACUUUUCAACUUCUUAUUCGCCACAUUGGCAGUUGACUCUGAUUUCAGCCUACUUUUCUUUCUAGAUUUGCUUCCAUAGCCAUUGUUCAUCCAAGAACUAAAAUUACAAUACAGCUGUUGUUUUUAUUUUGG